GAGCUUUCCACGCUGACCGGUACUCAAGUCCUGCUGCUGGUGGCCAGCGAGACAGGCCAUGUGUACACGUUUGCCACACGGAAGCUGCAGCCCAUGAUCACCAGCGAGACAGGGAAGGCAUUGAUCCAGACAUGCCUCAACUCCCCAGACUCGCCCCCGCGCUCGGACCCGACCACUGACCAGCGCAUGAGCGCCACGGGCUUUGAGGAGACGGACCUCACCUACCAGGUGUCGGAAUCAGACAGCAGUGGGGAAACCAAGGACACACUGAAACCAGCGUUCACUGUCACCAACCUGCCGGGGACAACGUCCACCAUCCAGACAGCCUCCACCACCUCGACCUCCAUGCAGGUCAGCAGUGGCCCGUCAUUCCCCAUCACUAAUUACCUGGCGCCAGUGUCUGCCAGCAUCAGCCCCAAUGCCGUCACCAGUGCCAACGGGACAGUGCUGAAGACUACUGGAACCAGUGCAGUGACAUCUGGGGGCCUCAUGCCAAUACCCACCGGCUUCACCCUCAUGCCAGGUGGUACCAUGGCCCAGCAGGUCCCAGUCCAGGCGAUUCAGGUGCACCAGGCACCGCAGCAAACGUCUCCCUCUAGUGACAGCAGCACUGACCUUACCCAGACCUCUUCCAGUGGAACAGUGACCCUCCCGGCGACCAUCAUGACAUCGUCUGUGCCAACCACGGUGGGUGGCCACAUGAUGUACCCCAGCCCACACGCGGUGAUGUACGCGCCCACGCCCGGCCUCGCGGACGGCGGACUCGCGGUCCUCAACGCUUUCUCACAGGCGCCCUCAGCGAUGCAGGUGUCCCACAGCCAGGUCCAGGAUCAGGGUGGCGUCCCCCAAGUGUUCCUGACAGCCCCAUCAGGCACCGUUCAGAUCCCGGUCUCAGCUGUCCAGCUUCACCAGAUGGCUGUCAUCGGGCAGCAGAGCAGCAGUGGCAGCAGCCUGACGGAGCUGCAAGUGGUCAACUUGGACACCUCACACAGCACCAAGAGUGACUGAGAGGCCUCUGCUGCCAGCCUGGUGCUGUCCCUGGCUUGUCACACCAGGGCCGGGGCUGGUGGCAAUUCUUUCUCGUACAGACUGCACCAGUUAUUUAUUGUUGCCUUUUCACGUUUCCUUCAUCCACACAUGCACACACACACAAACACGCACUCACCCACACACACACACACACACACACAGGCAUGCGCGUGGGGCUGCAGGACCCACCUGGGGUGGAGCUGUGCUGGGGCC